ACGUCACUGUGACGUUGUUUCCGUUAAAGCGCCUUUGCCUGUCAUGAACAAUGGCGUCUGGGGCGAUUGUUGACGAUUCAUCAGGUAAAGAUGCUAUUGCGGAGGGAAUGCGCAACCUCUUAAAACCAGCCAUCCAGCAACUCGAUCUGCAUGUACACUCAGUCAGAGAAAGCCAGGUGGAACUAAGAGAACACAUAGACAGCCUUGCCACAGAAUUAUGCAGGAUAAAUGAACAUCAAAAGGUGGCUCUAGACUUGGAUCCAUAUGUAAAGAAGCUUCUGAACGCAAGACGAAGAGUUGUGCUUGUAAACAACAUUUUACAGAAUGCUCAGGAACGCCUCAGAAGACUAAACCAUAACGUAGCCAAAGAGACGGCACGAAGAAAGACGAUGCUGGAGGCUCCAGGAGUGUUCAACUCCCGCUCCCCCAGCAAACCCUGAGCAUCCGUGUCCACUGCACAGCAAAUACGCUGUGUGGUCCAAGGCACAUGUCAAUACAGGAAGCUUGAGGAAGACCACAUCAUCUGAUGACUUAAUCCAAAUUCAGACUGCUUUGUUUGACAGCAUCCUAUGUCACACGCAAGUGGUUGUUUCGUCUCACGAUGAAGCACUUUUUUCCUGUGCUCUUUAGCACAUUUAUACAAUUGUUUGACAUUUAUUACUUCUGUGAAUAAGAACGGAUGCUAGUGACAACUAAACUGCCUUGAUUAUGCAACAGUCUUCCCCUCUUUUUUUUCUUUGUGAAUGUAUGUCAUGUUAUGUUGUGUCCAUUUGGAUCUGUAGCUAAAGUUUACAUGGCUGAGUUGACCGUUUUCUAUUUUGUAGCUGUGCCUUUUGAUUGGUCUAAUUGAAUCACAGUGAGCUUAUGUUUUUCUAUAUUAGUUUGGCACAUCAAACCCAUAAAGUAAAAUGAUGGUAUCUAUACUACAAACCAAGUGGAACACAGUAGAAGACGUGUGAUUUUUUGUUGUAAAUUGUAAUUCAUGUCAGACGUGUGAUGUCAUGGUAUAUUGUUCAUGCUAAAUGUAUUAUUUGAAAAUAAUUCAGCUUGACACAUUUUGCGCUUAGUGCUACAAAUGUACUUUGAAUGGAACCAAAGAACAUAUAGUCAUGCAAAGUGUUUGAAACUGUAACAUUGAGUAUUUAUUAGCAUUUUUGUGACAGUUAUGGUCCCAUAGCUAAAGCUAAAAAGUCGGAUGUUUUCCUUGCUUGUUUUCUAUGAAUUCACUGAAUGAAUAUAGUAAGAACAGUUGCAUUGUGAUUGACACCACAAUAAAGC